UUUUUACCCAGUGAAGAGUAUGCCAAUCCAAGCCAUGAGCAGCCAGUGUCUCCAGGAGAAUGCUGUGGGAAACAGUGUUUGUCAAAGGCUUUACUAAAGUCUGGGUAAACUUUGGUAAUUUCACAAUGAAUUUUGACGUUUUGGAAAGUGAGGACUGCAUGUCUUAUUUUAAUAACCUUUCUAAAAGCUGAAGGUUUGGAUAAGUAUUUUUAGAUGGAUGCUGUCAAGAAGUCUUUUUAAGUAUCUGCUAGAAUAUGAAGAUCUAUAAAAUCACUUGGAUUUUAUUUCUCAUUUACAGAACUAUGCUUUGUACCAGCACUCUUUCUGCACUUAAUACAUCUUUGAACAAGUUUCUUUUUAGGCUUCUAGUUUUCGCCCUCUUUGCUGUCAAGACUCUCACAUUUUUAACAGAAGGCCACGGUGUCUGGUCAAUAUUUCAUUUUCACAAAUGUCAUUUAAACAAAAAAUUAAUGCAUGCAUUGGAACUAAAUUUAUUAUUAAAUCCAUAAUUUUGUCAUGAAAUGACAAUAUAUAAUGCAGCUUUUUAUGUAGUUUUGCAGCACUUGUAGUGGUGCAAAAUAAUGCUUUUAUUUUAAUGAAAAUAGGACUUUAGUAAUAAAACCUCCAGACUUUUGAGAGGUGCAGUCUAUUUUAUCUCAAUUGCAAGAAAAGACUUUAUUAUGGAGGGUUGGUUACUUCACUAGAGAAAAUGAAGAUAGAGGGAGUCAAUUAGUGGCAGGCUUUCAUCUGUUAAUAGUGUUGCUUAUGGAAAAGCCAAUACAGAACUAAUUCCAAAAAAAGAAAACUUUAAAUCUUUUGGGGUUUAGAUUUUUGAUAUUGGAAACAGCACAGAUCCUUCUGUUGGAAACACUCCAUGCUUUUACUGAAAGACUUGGAAUAGGAGCCAGGCACCUGCAGUGUGUGGUGAGGUUAAACAAAUCAGAUGUUGGUGCCUGUUCUCCUACCUGCCAAGUGAGCUCAGUGGCUGUUGUGUUUAACUAACUCCAUUACAAGCGUGUGAAUGUAGUACAGCUUUAGCUGAGUACUUGUGUUGCCCUCCUUAGAGGAAGUUGGCUGGCUUUCCCAGAAUGUACCUGGCUUGUCUCUAAGGUUCCGCUUUAUUUGCUCUGUGUAUUUUGUGUACGCAGCAAUCUCCUCCUUACUUCUGUGGGGGUUUUGUACACUUGAUUAACUUUGAGUGAGGGUUGGGGCUUUUGGGUUUUUUUUACAAUAAAUCAUACACUUUGCAUUCAGAGGGGUUUUUUUUUAACUUUGUGUCAGAACUGUCAUAUAGCUAACAUAAUGGGAAGCGUUUGUUCAAAUUUGGUGUCUAAAGUGAGCUUGUGUUGAUUUCAACUCACUUGGCUGCCAAUAAAGAGUAAGAAUUUACUCUGAAGAGGAGUUGGAAAAUCAGUGUUUCCUAUUCUUGAUGCACAUGUUUUCAUCUCAUAUGGGUAAGUGAGGGGACUGUGAAAUGAAAUGGUCUUCUAUUUAGAAGUUAUGGUUGUACAGAGCAAUGCCCUCAUCCUAAAGCUACAGCCCCUACUGGCUCUUGUCAGCCAGCUAAGCAUACACUGCUGAUAUUUUAAUCCAGCCUCUGCUGGAGCAGAUGAGCUGCGGCUCAUCUUUUGGUUUUGGUGACUGUUGGUGGAGGGGACCCUUGAAGAGCAGAAAUGAAUAAAGGGGGCUUUGCCUGGAGCAAUAUUAAGUAGAAGCAGUGUUGGGUUUGUUGUUGGUCUUUCCCCCCCACCCCCCCAAAUAUCUAAAAGCCUCAUAACUGCUUCAAAACAUUAUUUCACCAUUAGAAUUAUCAUCAAAACCUCUGGUGAAAUAAAUUUUAUUUAAAAUAAAUAUCUGCAUAUGCAAACUGCUUCUUGAAGAGGGGCCAAGUUUGCAGUUGCUCUACAUGUCUAUAAAUCUGAGGCCAAUGCUAGUAAAUAUUCCAUACAGCAGCAUGGCAAAACUCCUGAAGUGAAUUAUUGCCCAUGUAAACUUGGAUAAGGUGCUAUUACUUCCCAGAAUAAGGGGUGACUACAUCUAUUACUGUGCCUGAGCUGGGAAUUCGCCUUGUCCCCUUUCUCAAGCUGAGAUUUUUUUAGAUUACAAAAUACCUACAUUGCAGAAUGUAGCUUACAUUCGUAGAUAGUUAGAGUUAAAGGGCAAACAGUUUGAGGUUGCUUUUCAUCUUAAGUAUAUGUACAAACCUAGAAAAGGGUCUCCUAGGUGCCCCUAUAUAUGUUAUGUUUAGCCAGUGUGCACACGCAGGCUCUGUUUUAGUGCUGGGCCAGGAAGGAAUAUUCCAUUCAAACCCUUCUACAUGCUCAGAGGCAGCUUGCCUAUUUGUGUUGCAAAAGCAACGGUUUUGGCUGCAGCUUGUUUCUGUGGGCCGAGAGCUGUGUCCUGGAAAGCAGGCAAAGAGGCUAUGGACAAGCAGUGCUCAGGCUGUUAUUUGCUGAAGCACAAAGCUGGUGCUUUAUCUCAGUUACUGGUAGGAAGCUCUAGCAUUGUUGUCACUGCUGCUGCCUUCCUUGUUGGAGACAAGUCAGGAGGAUGCAAUCCAAGAUCUUUUAAAGAUCCCCUCCAGCGCCUGCCUACCUCGCAAUUAUCCUCAUGUUUGUGCUCUUUGCAGAAACUUUUGGUUUGGAGAGAAUGUGAAACGCAUCAGGCCACAUCGGAAAACUCAGAAACAUCCUCUAUGGUCCAAAAUGUCUAAGCUCUUGUAGGGAAAAGUUCCUUAAGUCAGUUCUGAAGGCAAUGCUCUGUUCUAGAUCCCUGGCCAAAAUGGCACAUGCGUUAGUGAGCCUGUACCCCAACUUACAGGUAUAAUUUUCCAGUUUGUUUUUGGUUUUUUUAAAAUCAAAACCAAAAAGAGACAGACAGGGCUACUUGCGGCCAGCAGAGAAGGCACUUGAGCUGACGUACUGUAAGGGCGUAAGUCAUCGCUAGAAUGUGAACAGAGUUGCAGCAAACCACAGCCUUCCAGUCUCUGCCCUAACUGAGCUGUUACACUGCAAAGUAUCAGGUUCCCGGGUGGCAGGGGACAAAAUUAUGUGCCUGGCUGCCUGCUUUUUGCAAGGUUUCCUUGUCCAUUGGGUUGGGGUUUAGAUUCUCGUCUCAAAUCGUUCCAUUCAGAGAUACAGUAUACUAGAGAAUAUCUGUCCUGCCGUUCCAGGCCUGUCUGUGGAAAGUGUUUCUUCUUCUUCCCCUAAGCUAAAUUAUUGUCUGAAGUCUAGUGAUGCCCAAGGAAGUUAGCUGCUGGCACUUUAUUAGCUGUUCGUUAUUGCACCUCUUUUACAUUGUGCCUCUGCCCUUUGUUUCCAGCAGCUACUUGUUUAAAGUGAUGGAGUUGUGACUGGGGCUACUACACAUAUCUCUUCUGCAGAGAAUUUAAAGAAGUUCUCUUAGACUUGUUAAAUCAUGUAUGAGACCACACAAUGGGGAGACAUUUCUGCACAUUCAUUCUACAGUGCAACUGCACUCAAACCCAGAGCUUUCUGCAGUGGAAACAGUUGUGUCAGUUGUUAACAAAGGGAAGCAAGCAGGCUCCUAAGAGAGAGCACAGUGGAUACUCAAACUGUGAACCAUGCUAAUAGGGCCUGACAGUUAAAAUAUCGAUCUUAAAAUCUAGCAGAGUUGUGGCUGUAUGGAUCUGAACUUCCCCUUAGAUAAAAUGUUUACUGCUGCAUCACAACUUCCUUAGUUUAGCCCACCUGAGCCCCACUGAGCCACUGUUGCAGCAGGAUGGCUGGAAGCCCCUUGAGAAGGAUCUGUGAGAGCAAGCAAAGGCAGGAUGAACCAUUCAGGCCUUCUUUAUGGUGGGGGGGGGGUGUGUGUGCUAUCUUGAAGCAGUAUCAGCAGGGACAUAGGUGUCUGCAGUUUGUUUUGCAGUGGAGUUAAAAGCAACAUUUCACGUUUUCCAUUCUAUCAACUCUGGGAUCCAUCUUUUCAUCCCAGCACGCAUGGGAAUUUUGCUUAGCAGUUUCUGCAGCCAUUGUGGUAAUGCAGCUGACCACUCCUCGUGCACAAACACAGACCUGACCUUGUGCUUCAACGUACAGUGCAGAUGAUCAGGAGGAGUGCCUUCUCCUCCGAGCUCUGUCCGGCACAAGAGCUGAACAAAAGUGUCACCCUUAAGUCAACUGUAACACUUCAAGCACACAGAACACAUCAGUCUUCAAGGCAGUUUCUCAUCCUGCUUGUUAUGAGGAGCAAAUAGUCCUGUGGACAGCUGAAGAAACACCACAUACUUUCUAAAAAAUUGUGUAACAGGAGCUAUGAACUUACAGUAAUGACAAGGACAGGGUUACUGUAAUGAUUUCAGUUUCGGAAGUGGGGUGGUUGUGGGGAAUUCCCAGCCAUGGAUAUCCUUUCCAAUUUCCUCUUUUGAGGAGUUUGAAUUGCUUAUAAAUAUCCUCUCUGAGUCUGAGAGCACACAAGACAAGCUCCCCUCCUUUGGCUUUGCCUUUCUGCAGUGCUCCGUGUCAGGCUUGGGCCAGGAACCAUGAGGCUCUGUGUCUGCCUCGUGUUGCUCUCCUUUAUUCUGUGCACAAGUGCUGAGAGGCCGCUUCUAGUCCGAGGUGGAAAAUUUGUCCGGGAUGCAGUGGGAGGGGCAUGGGAUAUGCUCAGAGCAUACCAGGACAUGCGCGAGGCAAAUUAUAAAGGUGCCGACAAAUAUUUCCAUGCUCGUGGGAAUUAUGAUGCUGCCCAAAGAGGACCUGGCGGUGCUUGGGCAGCCAAAGUGAUCAGCGAUGCCCGGGAAAUAUCCCAAAGCAAAGGGAGUGGCAGAGGCGCGGAAGACACCCGAGCUGACCAAGAGGCGAAUGAGUGGGGCAGAAGCGGCGGGGAUCCCAACCGCUACAGACCUGCGGGCCUCCCCAGCAAAUACUAGCGCUGCCCCCCGGGAGGCCAUCUCUGCUCCCCUGUUACGCCUCCUCUGUGCAGCCCAAUAAAGAAAUUCUCCCGUAAA